AUGGUUCGAAAGGAUCCCAUCUUUGAGGCUCGCACCAAUGUCAAGUUACAUUCAAAUCGGCUCAAGAAGGAAGCUGCUCGUGCAGAAUCCACAUUCAAAUCGGAGAAGGCCAAGGCCGACAAGGCCAUGAAGAAUCGCGAAUUUCAGAUUGCCCGCAUCCACGCUGCCUCUGCCAUACGAGAGAAACGGAGACAAGUAACUUUAAAGGCCGAAGCUGCUCGGGCGGACGUCAUCAUCAAUGAACUCAAGGCGGCACAGAGCACUCGCGAUACAUCCCGAACUCUGGCUCUGGCGUCGCGGGGCUUGGACGCCGCGUCAAAGAGCGUCAAUCUCGAAAAUCUCGUCUCUCACGCGAAUAACUUCCUAGCGCGAUCGGAGGAUUUCAAGAUCGCUAGCAGUGCCAUAGAGGAUGUCGCUCAAGGGAUCUCGAUGCAAGAGUACGGUGCGGAGGGCGAAGCCGAAGUUGAUCGUCUGAUGGAACAACUUGCAGACGACGCGGGUGUGGACCUGCGCUUGGCUUUGGAUGCGGAUACGGCUACCGCUCCUAAAGAGGAGGUGAAAGACCAGAAACAGGCCGAUACGGAGCUUGAAGACGGCUUGGGCGCAAGGCUCCGUGCUCUCAGGGCUGCAAGUUGA